AUGACCUCUCAACAGACGACAGGAUAUGCCAUUCUUGGCGCUGGCAUUUUUGCCAAGGAAGCAUAUCUCCCCUCCCUGAAGAAUAUCAGCGGUACUUCCGCCCUGUCUCUCAAGGCAGUCUACUCGCGCUCGAAAUCGUCUGCGUCGUCGCUCGCGGAAACGGCUGUCACCACUCUCAGUCUUUCUGCUCCCCCAGACGUCUACCAUGAUGACGGGCCCACACUCGAUGACCUCCUCUCUCGCCCCGAUAUCUCAUCUAUCCUCAUCAUGCUCCCUAUCACCACUCAACCGUCCAUAGUCCUCAAAUGCCUUUCACAUAACAAACACGUCUUGUCGGAGAAGCCCGUUGCUCCGUCGAUUGCUGAGGCGAAGGAGAUCAUCCGCACGUAUGAGACGAAAUACAAACCGAAAGGUUUAUUGUGGCGCGUCGCGGAAAACUGGUCAACCGAGCCAGGCUUCUUGAAAUCGCGAGAUGUGAUAGCAGCGGGGACAAUUGGGAGAGUGCAUACGUUUGAAGCGAGAGCUGCGGGGUACGUUGACGUGGAUAACAAGUGGUACAAGACGCCAUGGAGGACUGUUCCAGACUAUCAAGGCGGAUUUCUUCUUGACGGUGGUGUUCACACUGCGGCAGCUCUUCGGGUUAUCCUACCCGCCAUCCCUACUUCUCUGAGCUCCUUCUCGUCCCUAUCCUUCGCCCACCUCGCCCCCGCAGACUCCAUUCUGGCCAUCCUCCAAACUGCGCCUCAGCCUGCCUCUUCGGACGAACCCCAGCACCCGGAUCACCCGGUCGACACCUCCAUCCGUGGGACCCUCCACAUCUCCUUCUCUGGCCCUGCAAAUGCUCCGUCAUCCCUCUCCGAGAUCGGUCCCUCCAAUAGCAUCACACUGACCGGUACGCUCGGCUGGCUCAACGUUCGGUUUACACCCGAGGGAAAGCAGAGGGUGACCGUGUAUAAAGUGAAGAAGGUCCAGGAGGGAGAUGACAAGGGAAAGAUUGAAGGUGUCGAGGAAAGUGUGGUGUAUGAAGAGAAGCCGUCUGGUGUGGAGAAAGAGCUGGAGAGAUUCUUUGCAGCUGUGAGUGGUACCGAGAAGGAGGACGUGCAGAAUCCGAGAGAGGCGUUGUGGGACGUUGCGGUGAUUGAGGCUUCGUUGAAGAGUGGUGGGCAGAAGUUGGAAUUGGCGGAGCUGAUUGCGAUGUGA